AUGAAUAAUAAUAAUAAUAAUAAUAAUAAUAAUAAUAAUAAUAAUAAUAAUAAUAAUAAUAAUAAUAAUAAUAAUAAUAAUAAUAAUAGAUUUUUGUUCAAUCCGGAUACUGUUGUUUUACAAAAGAAUAGUAACAAUCCAUAUCAGAACAUUUUUAUUUCCCACGAUAUCUAUGGGACCAGUAAUUUUGUCGUCAUUUAG